AACUUGGUGUUCAUUGGUAGCUUUACAAUAUAUUCUAAUGUAAAAGUAGGCAGGGACGCGGGAAGUGGGGGUGCUUAGGGUGCUGCAGCACCCCCCUGGCGGUCCCUGGCUGUAACUGCAAGUGAGAACGUUUUCUGAACGAAUCAAUACUUUUUUUUUUUUGAGUAGAAUUUUAUCAUACAACAUGAUUAUUCAUGGAAUUAUUGACAUCCACCCUUUUUGUUAUAUUUAUCAUAUUAGCAAUUCAUUAUAUUUAGGACAUUGUCUGUGUAGGCUGACGUAGUGACGCACAACGCAGAACAGUGCUGUGUGCGCGAAGGGAAAAUUCGAAAAGUCAAGCUUGUUACAAGUGCAAUGUGUCGCAGAAAAUAAGUAUUUUCAGAUUUUUUUGGCACCAAGAGGGCAAAACUUUGCGAUCAAAACACCAGCCGGACAUCCAAUUCCCUGCAUUCCGUAUGUGACCUGUCCAUAGCUCAAUAUGGUACUAUGCUGAUUUUACAUAAGCAUGUUGGUGUUCAACAUCUGUUGUAGUGCAAAACAUUCUAAAACUGCUGUAAAAUGUUGCUGGCCAUAUUAAUAGACACGUUGAAUGUUAUCGUUUUGAUUUUGGAAUCCUGAACGAAAACUGGUUGGCAAAAAAAGAGGGACGGUUCACUUGACGGAGAACUCGUCACCUUCCUCAUAUCAGACAACUCGACUUGCCGAGGCCUUUCGCCCGAGGCCCGUAUCAGUCACAGACAGACAACCCCCCGCUGACGGGCACCCCCUGGUUUUUAGCGGCCCCAGAGCCCAACGGCAAGCAUUGGAAAUGGCGAACAUGACAGCAACGGCCUCCGAGGGGAUAGAGCUGACCUGUGGCAUGUCCGGGACGCACAGCUUCAUCUUCACCCUGGUGCCCGUGGUGUACGGCUUCAACUUCGUCAUCGGCGUGGUGGGCAACAGCAUGGUGGUGGCGGUCAUAUACCGCUACAUGAAGCUCAAGGCGGUGGCCAACAUCUUCGUGCUCAACCUGGCCAUCUCCGACCUCACCUUCCUCAUCACCCUGCCCAUGUGGGCCACCAUCACGGCCACCGGCUACUACUGGCCCUUUGGCAGCUUCCUGUGCAAGGCCUGCGCCGGGCUGAUCAUCUUCAACCUCUACACCAGCAUCUUCUUCCUCACCGCCCUGAGCAUCGACCGCUAUCUGGCCAUCGUGCACCCAAUGCGCUCGCGGCGCUACCGCACGGUGGGCUAUGCGCGCAUCAGCUGCGUGCUGGUGUGGAUCUUCGCCUUUGUGCUCAGCGUGCCAACCGCGCUGACACGGGACGUGCACUCCAUUGUCAACGGGACCACGGUGUGCGGCAUCCUGCACUCAAAGGACGCCCCGAGGCCCGACAACCUGCUGCUGGCCAUCAGCCUGAUGAAGAGCCUGCUGGGCUUCUUAGUGCCCUUCCUCAUCAUCAUCACCUGCUACUGCCUGAUCGGACGGGCGCUGAUGAGGUCCCGGCACAUCCAGAAGAGUGUGCGUUCCCGUGACGACGAGGUGCUGCGCAUGCUGGCCGCCGCCGUCCUGGCCUUCUUCCUGUGCUGGGCGCCGCACCAGGUGGUCCACUUCCUGCAGGUGCUGAACCAGAUGAAGGUGCUGAAGGAUUGCUCCAUCUUGGAGAUCAUCGACACGGCCAUGCCCUUCACCAUCUGCAUCGCCUACUUCAACAGCUGCGUCAACCCCAUCGUGUACGGCUUUGUGGGGGCCAACUUCCGCAAGAACCUGCUGCGGUUGCUGUGCUGCGCACAGCGCGGGAUCCCCCUCCCCCAUCCCAGCAUCAGCUCCAAGAUGAGCGCGCUGUCCUACCGCGCCAGCGAGGCCCUGAGCCUGACCACCAAGAGCAAGACCUCGUCCGCCGACAGCAAGUGAGGACGGGACUGGAGCGAGGACGGACUGAGCCGCCCUGCACUGGCGGAAUGCGAUGCUUGUAAGGAAACCCCCCAACUGUAUUACUAAAGCACUGAAACUCCAGGAGAAGACAAGCCCACAGAUGUUGCAUGUUGUGUUCCUGUAUAUUCUAUAUGACGUAAUUCCAGGAUACCUAAUUAACCGUACACAGCACUAGGGUGCGGUCACAAUCCUUAUUUAUAAAAAGUGAAACGUAAUAAAUAUGUCUGCCAGACUUACCCUUGCUAGUAUAUUGGUCCUGUCUUACUCAUAUAUACAGCUAACGAGCCAUCAUACCAGUGAGAAAUUAACUUAAUUGUCCAGUAGUUCAAAAUGAGCACUAGAAAUAUAUAUAGCAUGGUUCAUUGUAUACUGCAAGUUUUCACCGUGUCAACCUAGCCAGAGUGAUGAUGCAUUGACGUUAUUCCCAAUGCUGUGUUCUUUGUGUCUUUAAUGGUCAAAUGCAUGCAAGUAUGGACGUGGAAGACCACAGGCUCACUGUUGCUUUGUGCUCCAACAAAUUGGAAGCCCAAUACAAUCGGAUGAAAAUGAUACACAGUAUGUUGUUAUGACGAGGGGAUAUGUUUAUGUGCUUUAUUUUUAUGUUCAAUAUGCUGUGCUCCCGGUGGCAGUGUUGAGGUGUAGGUGUACGUUGCAUACUGAAAUUUGACUUGCGGUGUUAAGGAAGUUCUGGAGAAAUAGAACGUAUCGCACAAGCACUCCAGGCAGGGUGUUUUGCUGUCCAUAUCUGUGGUGAUUGCAUCUUUGUUGUAUUUAAACAUGUUCAAUGUUGAUGCUAUAGUGUUGAUACAUUUUUUUGUACUUUUUUGUGUGAUUGUACAGUUUGUGAAUAUAUGAAAACAUAAAUAAAAGGUAAAUACAUGUACAAGGCUUGGUGGUGAGGCGCUGGCUACAUCAACAAUAAAUUAUGUUGAUUCUCUCGAGUGGGCAUUCAAAAAUAGGUGACCUUGGUUCACACAAGGAAAAUAUUAGUUAAUCAUUAAGUGAGCAUCUCAUUGGUGCAGCCAAUUCCUCUGAAGAACACAUGC